AUGGCAAUUCGUAUUCUACUCAAAACUAUUCUCUUCCAAACCCCAAAACCAAAACCAAAACCAUUCUCUUCCUCACCAUUCUUCAAUUCCAGCUCCAGUAAUGGUGAAAUUCCAAUCUCAACUAUCGUUUCUGUCCUUACCCACCAACGCUCAAAAUCUCGUUGGACUAACCUCCGAUCUCUCUCUCCUAAUGGCUUCAAUCCACAUCAAUUUUCUCAAAUCACCAUUCACUUGAAAAACAAUCCUCACCUAGUCAUUCGUUUCUUCAACUGGACCAACCAAAACUCCCUCUGCCACCAUGACCUCCUUUCCUAUUCAACUCUCAUUCAUAUUCUCGCCCGAGGCCGUCUCAAAUCCCAAGCCCUGAUUUACAUUCACGAAGCUUUUCGGGUUGUUUCGGGGUCUCAACCUCAGUCCCAAUCUCAAUCUAACCCUUUGAAACUCUUUGAGUCCCUUCUCAAGACCUACAACCAAUGCGGCUCGGCGCCUUUUGUGUUUGAUUUGCUAAUCAAAGCUUGUUUGGAAACCAAGAAGAUUGAUUCUUCCAUUAAGAUUGUGAGGAUGUUGUUAUCUCGCAAUAUUACCCCCAAAUUUAGCACCUGCAAUUCUUUGAUUCGAAAUGUAUCACAGUCUAGGGGAGCUCCUGAAGCUUACUUGAUUUACAAAGAGAUUUUUGGGUUAGGAGAUUGUGAAAGUGUUGAUGAUGAAAAGUUAAGAAGAGUUUCUAGAGUUAAGCCCAACAUAGAGACCUUAAACACUUUAAUGGUAGCUUUUUAUCAGGAUGGUAUGUUGGACAUGGUGAGGGAGAUUUGGGACCAAUUAGAGGAAUUGAAUUGUGACCCCAAUUGCUAUAGUUACAGUAUUUUGAUGGCAGCUUAUUGUGAUGAUGAGAAAAUGGAGGAAGCAGAAGCUUUGUGGGAUGAAAUGAGAGCACAGAACAUUGUACCUGAUGUUAUGGCUUACAACACAAUAAUUGGUGGAUUUUGCAGAGUUGGAGAGAUUGAAAAAGGUGAAGAGUUGUACAGAGAAAUGGCAAUGAGUGGAGUAGAGAGCACUACUGCCACACUAGAACACAUAGUAAGUGGCUACAUAAAGGUGGGAAAUAUUGAUUCAGCUGUGUUUGUGUAUAAGGAUAUGUGUAGAAGGGACUUUAGGGUAGAGGCCACAACAAUGGAUGCAUUGAUUAAAGGGCUUUGUGAUAAGAAAAGGGUGUUUGAAGCUUUGGAGAUUUUGAAAAGGGCAGAUAGGCAUCUUGGUUUUUGUCCAACAAGGAAGAGUUAUGAGUUUUUGAUAACUGGGAUGUGUUUAGAAGGGAAUAUGGAAGAGGCUUUAAGGCUUCAAGCAAAAAUGGUUUCGAAAGGAUUCAAACCGACUUAUCAGAUAUACAGUGCUUUUAUUUCUGGUUACAGAAAACAAGGUAAUGUGGAAAUGGCAGAAUUGUUGAAGAUUGAGAUGUUAAAUACUCAUGUGUUGGAGAAAGAGGAUUAG